AUGCUGCCCAAUCGAAUAUGCUUCUUCCUACACUUUCAAUUAAAAAGUCGCGUGGAAUUGCGUCGAGCGUCGCUAUGGAGACAAUGCUUUGUUAGUCAUGUUAGUGUUUCUUCGGUACAGAUUCGCGGUGUUUUUCUCUCAAAUGUAUCUCGUCGGACUUUGACGGCAUGUGCGAUGGAGGGAUCGAGGACAAUGGAAGAAUGCGAUGAAACUUGUUCCUCAAAGCAGGAUGGCGUUGCUGAGAUGCGACCGGAAAGUCGCUGCGAGGAUCAGCACCGCUGGCAGACUGUGACGAAUGAUUCGUAUCAGGCCCCGUUGCCCAACCUUUCGCGAACAUUGGGCCGAAGACGCGAACUGGUGAAAAAUUUUAUCAGUAAUCGAGUUUUUGGAGAAGCGAUCGAUGCUAUGAUCGCCGAGCCGCCGCCUGAGCCUGUCAGUCCCUCUGAAUACGUGGAGAGUUUCUGCGACUCAAAAUUCACUCCCUUUAUGGAUAGAAUCGAGUACGACAACAGGAAACACACCAAGUAUCCCCUCUACGGCGGUGCAACAGUCCAGUCCUAUUACAAAUCGCAACUUGAUAACGGAACGCUUAAAGCUCGAUCGGAAAUUGCAAACCUCAACGAGCCUUUUCGAAGAUCGUCCGCUUUCACGACACCUCCAGAUUUGGCAAUCAGAGAGCCGGUAGGAGGAUUCUAGAAAUCCAUGUUAAUCAUUGGAACUGUUGGCUGGAGUGUAUGUAUCAAGGUUGAAAGUAUUGAAAUUAACUCUUGCAAUUUUUCUUAACUCAGAAAUUAGUUAUAAAUAAGCAUAUGCAAUGUGGUUACGUACGUGAUUACGAUAUCGUUCUAUGCGGUGAAAGGACAAAACUGUUUAUCUCUCGACAUACCGCAUGUACGUCAAAUAAACCUUAUCGAAUUCCCUGUAUAUUUUAAAAGCAAUUCAUUGUUAUAAAUUUUACUUUAUUGUUUCUACAGAGUUUCGGCUGUUUAGUAAUUUGUUCAUACGUUCAUUCAAAAUGUUUCGUACUUUAAACAUAUCAGCUUCGAAGCAUAAUCUGUGUUUUACAAUGAUGUUAAUACCCUGCAAUGACGUACGACUGCGUCAAUACACCUAUCAAUUCGCAUUAAUCUAUUUCGAAGUUAUUUCAGUAUAAGUUCAACUUAGAAUUUUCAAAAUCCA